AUGAUCAAUGAUCGGGCUGAAAAAGUUGAUUUCUCUCCGACAAGUUCAACCGAAAUCAAUGGACCAUUCAUUGAUGAUAUUAUUUUUGAAAUUCUACAUUUCCUUGAUUCAUUGUUUAUUGUUCAAGUUUGUAUGAAAAUUUCAAAACAAUGGAGACAAGUAUCAUUUCAAAUUCCUCUCUCAUUAUCAUUCAAACCAUAUCGCUUCAAACAAGGUGGUGAAUCAAUUAAACUUUUUGCUGAUUGUGAAUGGUUGAAGAAUUUGAUUUCUUUGGAUCUGUUUUGCAAUGAAAUUGGUAAUGAAGGUGUCAAAUAUAUUGCUGCAAGUGAAUGGUUGAAGAAUUUGACUUCUUUGAAUCUGCGUAACAAUGAAAUUGGCAAUGAAGGCGUCAAGUAUAUUGCUGCAAGUGAAUGUUUGAAAAAUUUGACUUCUUUGAAUCUGGGUAGAAAUCGAAUUGGCAAUGAAGGCGUUAAAUAUAUUUCUGAAAGUGAAUACUUGAAGAAUUUGACUUCUUUGAAUCUGAAUGACAAUCAAAUUGGCAAUGAAGGUGUUAAAUAUAUUGCUGAAAGUGAAUGCUUGAAGAAUGUGAUGCAUUUGAAUCUGGAAUGGAAUAUAAUUGGCAAUGAAGGCGUCAAGUAUAUUGCUGCAAGUGAAUACUUGAAGAAUUUGAUUUCUUUGAAUCUAAACAACAAUGUAAUUGGUGAUGAAGGUGUCAAAUAUAUUGCUGCAAGUGAACGGUUGAAGAAUUUGACUUCUUUGAAUCUGCGUAACAAUGAAAUUGGCAAUGAAGGCGUCAAGUAUAUUGCUGCAAGUGAAUGCUUGAAGAAUUUGACUUCUUUGAAUCUGGGUAGAAAUAGAAUUGGCAAUGAAGGCGUUAAAUAUAUUGCUGCAAACGAGUGCUUGAAGAAUUUGACUUCUUUGAAUUUGGAUUCGAAUUAA